AUGAGUGGCUUCCACAGGCGCAGUAAUGACAGCCAUGAAGGGUACUUCAUCAACCCUCCUAUAUCUUUACCCAUCCCGAACAGCCACGGAGAGAGCCACGAUUUCGAAGCAGGCUCCUAUCAUUUCCCUCAACAUAACUUCAGUUCAUAUGCGUCUCAUUUUAGCUUGCCUUACAGUCAUACAAGCAUAACCUCUCACCAUUCACCGGGAGCGUCAAUGCCAUCAAUUCCUGACCAAACACCCCUACACCACCCCACGACGCAGUGUAUGUCACAGCCACGUUAUCUCCAAGGGCCUGCAUACCUCCAUCUGCAUGAAGCAUUAGCCGAAACGGAGCUCGAAAGCCAGGACUCCAGGAAUGAGGACACAAUGCUUUCAGAGCCAAUAACUCCCCACCUAGAAGGCUUUCCAAAUGUCACAGAAUUCGAUAAACUUGUCAAAAGUUAUGUGGACGAUUUAUCGGUGAAAAAGCAAGACAAGGCUCUAAUACACGCUAAAAGGGCGCGGAACAUAAGAACUGUCUUGAUAGACCCUAAGGAUACGGCUAUCGAAUCAGCCCAAUUUCGGUUCUGGGUGAAGAAAAUGUUUAAACUCCAGGUGAUUGGAGGUAAUACCUCAGAUUGCAGGCGGAUGAUUUGCCAUGAAGGCAAGCCUGUUGCCGUUAGAGAAAAGCUGUUCAAGAUACUCACAAAGGCACACCAACAAUGUCAACAUGGAGGUCGGGAUAAAACUUCUGCCCAAGUCCGGCAAAUAUACUCAUGGGUUCCCAAAGAGCUAAUAUCCCGUUUUGUGAAAAUAUGCCCGACUUGCCAAAUCCGCAGGGGGGGCACGCGUGUGACACCACCUAACUCGAGAAGAGGCUCGCCUCCUCUCAAAAUAUCCUCUCGCUCUCCAAAGCUUCCCUCACCACCAGUCUCCAGACGCCAGUCAGCCAUUGCUGGGCCGGCUUCUCUGGAGAGAACCCAGAUGGAGUGUUUUCACCAGCAAAGCAACUGGUUAGACCCUGGUCGCAAGUCACAUCGGCAUGCAAGCUUGAGUAUUGGGCCCGUGCGAUCAGUUAGCGGGGGAGUACUUGGUCAGCUUCCAGGCCCGGUCUCCGCAAAUUUGAAUCCCUUCCAUAAUGACAUCCCAAUGCCGUCGAUUCAAAUCAAUUAUAACACCAGAUAUUCCAGUACACAAGGAUCAUCCACCCACCGAGAUUUCUCUUGCUGACCUUUGUUUCGUGAAAACCCAAUGUGUUCUUGCAGCAAUGAAAGGGAAUCUGUGAGCACAUACACGGUUCCCCAUUUUUACCCACACUGAAGAAGGAAUCCGGGUUUUGAUUUAGUCAAUAUCAUGCUGUGCCUUCGCGGCUUAAGAACAAACACUUAUCAGUGCCGAUAUCCCGACGCUCAAACAUUGCCAUCCUAACACCCCAUCACUAUAAAACAAUCUUUUCUUUCUUAAAAGUCACCUUUAUUGUCCUAGCGUUGGGGCCUCACUUUAAGUGAAAGCUUCAAGGUGGUCAAAGAAUUCGCAUUAAUUUUAGUUCCAUCAUAUAGUACAUAUAACCAGGAAUAAUACCUCUCACUGUUGUAACCCCACCGACACGUACCAUAGGGGUGGCAUACAAUGACUGG